AUGAAGCGCUCCACCCUUUCUUCCGUGCUGGCGCUCUUCGCCGCUGCCACUGCCACCUUGGCGUACGAAUACCCCCACGUCCCCGCAGACAAGACUACUCCGUCCCAGAUCCGUCUUUCCUUCAAAUCUCUCAACGCCGUCUCUGUCGCCUGGAACACCUAUGAAAAGAUCAACAAGCCAUGCGUUGCCUACGGUACAUCGGCGUCCAAUCUCAACAAACGUGCCUGCUCGUCUACCUCGGAAACCUAUCCAACCUCUCGCACAUGGUUCAACAAUGUCAUUCUCGACAAUCUCGCUCCUAGUACCACCUACUUCUACAGCAUCGACUCGUCCAACUCGAGCACUCAGUCAUUCAAGAGCGCACGCAGGCCCGGUGACACUUCGCCCUUUGCUUGCAACGCUGUCAUCGACAUGGGCGUCUAUGGUCUCGACGGCUACACAACCACCAAGAAGCGAGACAUCCCCUUUAUUCCUCCCAGUUUAACGCAUUCGACCAUCGAUCAGCUUGCGCAGAGUGUCGAUCUGUACGACUUUGUCAUCCAUCCGGGAGACUUUGCCUAUGCUGAUGACUGGUUCUUGCGUCCUCAGAACCUGCUGAAUGGGAAAGAUGCCUAUGCUGCCAUCACCGAGCUCUUUUUCAAUCAGUUGAGUUCCAUCUCGUCAGUCAAGCCCUACAUGGCGGGCCCGGGAAACCACGAAGCUGCCUGCCAGGAAGUCCUUUACUACCAGGGUGCUUGCCCUGAGGGUCAGUAUAACUUUACCGAUUUCUCUCACAGAUUCGCUCCUAACAUGCCCACCACAUUUGUCUCGCAGAGCAAGGUCUCAGCUGCCAAGGCCAGCGCUACACUGGCUCGAAGCUUGGCCCUUCCACCCUUCUGGUACUCGUUCGACUACGGUAUGGUUCACUUCAUCUCCAUCGACACCGAGACCGACUUUCCCUCGGCCCCGGACACGCCGAAACUCGGUGCGGGUCCCUAUGGCCGCGCCAACCAACAGCUGGACUUCCUCAAGGCCGAUCUUGCCUCGGUCGACCGCAAGGUUACCCCCUGGGUGGUUGCGAUGGGCCAUCGACCUUGGUAUAGCACUGGUGGAAAUGACAACAUUUGCUCGGAAUGUCAGGCUGCUUUUGAGGAUCUGUUCUACCAGUACGGCGUUGAUCUCUUUGUCGCAGGUCACGUUCACAACCUCCAACGUCACCAGCCCAUCUACAAGGGAACCGUCGACGCUGCCAACUUGAACGAUCCCAAAGCUCCCUGGUACAUUGUCGCCGGUGCAGCAGGUAAUAUUGAGGGCCUCGAGGGCUUCAACACUCAACCCUCUUACACCGUUUUCGCAGACAACGUCCACAACGGCUAUGCUCGUCUCACUUUCCAGGAUGUCAAUCACUUGAAAGUCGAGAUGAUUCACUCGACUGACGGAGGCGUGCUCGACUCGGCUAUCCUUUACAAGAAGCACGCCGACCAAUUUGUAAGACAGCCGCUCCCUGCCUCCACCAAAAAGAGAUCCUUGCUCAACUCACUGUUCAACAUCGGUGGAAGCUCGAUUCGGCGCGAUGUAUGA